AUGUACUUCAAGCUGAUUGCAGUGCUCCUGCUCUGCCAUCUGGCAAUGCUCGUUCAAGCUAUCCCGCGCAAUCGCUUGUGUGUCAAGAUUGGCGUGACAGUACCAGAGUCUGCUUCAAAUUCGACCCCUGGGACGGCGCUUGACCCUCGAGCCCCAGCCACUAGCUAUAAAAGUGCGGUCAGGAAAGGCAGGAAUCUCUGGGAGAUCAUGAACGAUCCCUUCAAGACGACGCAAGCUACAUGGACUGCCGCAGACGUGCAGAAAUGGGGCUGGGCUGUCAAGUCCGACCAGAAUAUCGAAGUCUUCAAAGACAAAACUUCCGGGCUCGAGCAGCCUCUUGCAUGGCUGCAAGUCUCGCCGGCUACCAGUCUGACUGUAAGAUUGGAGCACAAUUCAGACGUCAAAGUCGAUGGAGUUGAGUACCCGGCGACCCAUGCAGAAUAUUGUGGCGUGUACAAUCCGGCCAAAGGCAUCUUGAUCGCAUCCGACAGACAUAGUCCAGCUUAUCGGAAAUCUACCACCACCAGCUUGCGCAAAGCGCCUUUGCCACUCCUACAAAAUUGGUCUGACCUCACGUUCCUCAGCUGGCAGCACCUAGCCGCUGCGCAUCAAGAGCAACAGGCACCCCUGCGUUACAUAUUUGUACGAGGCAUUACGAAUCGAAACACUCAGCAACUUAUCAUGGAGGCUAUGCAUGUCGACGGCUUCAAAAGUGAGCUCGCGCUCCCGUGGCCCAACUUCUGGAUGUUCACUCCGAACGACAAGGAUGGCAGCAUAUCAGAACCAUUUCUGGCUGUGCUAGGCACGGAGAACUUUGGCGGCAUAGCGUUCUUGUUGGCUCAGCAUCAAGCUGCUUGCGGAAGGAAAACGAUCAAAAGCAUACGGAUAUGGGGUGAUGGAGGAAAGUCGCCAGUGUUGCAUGGAAUGGUAGAUGUGCAAUGA